UCCCCCCUUUAAAUACUAUCGUUCAUGUUACACUUUGACCUGUGUUUACUGAGUUAAUGGAUAACCUUUCGCAAUUAUCGUCUUAUGUAAAGUAUUUUGUUGUACACUUCCGGGAUUAUGCAACAAUCUCACUCCUUAUACAACAGCGCCGCUGACAGACAUUGCAUUGAAAUUGUUACGCUAAGGGGUGUAAACUCAGUUAACACAGGGGAGGCUGGACUGCGGUCGGACAGUUGCCCAGGCCGCACAAGGAAUAUCGAACCUGGCUGCAAAGAUCGAGUCAUAUCGAGCAGCAACAGAAUGCGGUGUGAUUGAUCCGUGUUGAAAUCUGCAGCCAGUGAGAAAUUGCAACGCUGUGACCCGUGCGGCCUGUAACUGUUACAUUCACCUCCCAACAUGGAUCUCACUGCAGUGGGCAUCAACCUUGUCAAAUGUAUCCGGACGGGAGAGGUUGUGGAGCUGAGGUCCGUGUGGAAGGAGCGAGCCUCUGUGAUCUUCUUCCUGAGAAGAUUUGGAUGUCAGGUGUGUCGCUGGACUGCCAAGGAGGUCAGCAAACUGAAGGAGGCCUUCGACCAGAAUGACGUACACUUGGUGGGGGUGGGACCUGAGGAGCUGGGAGUAAAUGAGUUCAUGGAUGGGCAGUAUUUCAAAGGAGAUCUGUAUAUUGAUGAGAAGAAACAGUGCUAUAAGGACUUGGGGUUUAAAAGGUACAACGCACUCAACCUGCUGCCAGCGGCUCUGGGUCAGAAGGUGCGGCAGAUUGUUACGCAGGCAAAUAAAGACGGAAUCUCUGGGAAUUUCUCCGGGGACGUGAUGCAGAGUGGAGGUUUGCUAAUUGUCAGCAAAGGUGGGGAGAAGGUGCUGCUUCACUUUGUGCAGGAUUCUCCAGGUGACCAUGUUCCAUUAGAUACCAUCUGCCAGGUUCUGGGCAUUACAGCCACGGCUGAAGCUGAAGAGGUGACACUGCCCCAGUGUACCGAUGCUUGUACCAGAUAAAAUGCUGAUCCACAACAGGCCGCUGCUGUCCAAUGUCCCACAGUGGCCACAAGUGGGCGACACUGCAAUAAAUGUGGAUUUAGAGGAGCAAGUCUGAUUUUUAAUCUGGAAAAGCACGAUCCUUAAAUCCAUUGUUCUGGCCUGUGAUUACAUUAUUUCGGGUUUAUAUCACAACUGCAUCACUUAUGGAAAGUUGCUGCUCUGCCUUCAACAGCUGCAUCUGUUCACUCAUGCCACACUAUAGACAAUGCUGGAGGACGGGUGAAGUUUCAGCUUGGGACCCUUCUUCUUCCAGUCGGGACUUUUCUUCAGAGUGAGGAAGGGUCCCGACCCGAAAUGUCACCCAUCCAUUGUCUGCAGAGAUGCUGUCUGACCCGCUGAGUUACUCCAGCAUUGUUGGUAUAAACCAGCAUUUGCAAUUCUUUGUUUCCAAAGUCUGCUGCACUGCUGCUUGGAACCACAACAUCGAUUAACAAGCUGCACAUAUAAGAUGUGUACGCUUUCAACAAUUUCAUAGAACAUUGUUCAAUGUAAAUGCCAGGACCCAUGGAUGAAGCAGUAAUGUGAAAGAAUCAUCUCCAGUUAUUAGCCAUUGCAAAUAUUGACCAGCCCAAUGCCAGGCAGUACUACUGCACAUCAGAUCACCAUCACCAAUCAGUGUCUAACAACACGGAACAAAGGGAGCUGGCUAUCCAUGGAGGACAACUUGCACAGAUAUACAUUUUCCAGUUUACAGAAUGAUUAUGAAUUUAGAUACUAAUCAAUUAGUUAUAGACUUUUAGAGUCAAGUCAUGAAUCAAGCAUGUUUAAUUGUCAUAUGUACUGAAACAGAACAAUAAAAUUCUUACUUGCAGCAA